CAGUGAAGCACACACAUGCACACGGAGCUGAGCGCCCCAGUCGUCCGUGCUCACUCCUCCACCUGCCACUCAGGCCUCAUGGCUCUCACCAUUAACACAGAGCAGAAAAAACUCACUCAGACUCCUCUGCUCAAGAUCUGGGUGCCAUGGAUGGGCUGCAACCUGAACCGCAGGAGAGGAUCCUCAGUGCCUCAGUUUUGUAACUGUCCCACACUGAUUGUGAUGGUGGGGUUGCCAGCCAGAGGGAAGACGUACAUCUCCAAGAAGCUCACUCGCUACCUGAACUGGAUCGGAGUUCCCACAAAAAUGUUUAACGUGGGCCAGUACCGCAGGGAGGCCGUCAAGAUCUAUAAGAACUUUGAGUUCUUUAAACCUGACAAUGAGGAGGCCAUGAGGAUCCGCAAGGCCUGUGCAUCAGCCGCCCUCAAAGACGUCGCUGCCUACUUCUCAAAGGAACAGGGACAAGUAGCCGUAUUUGAUGCAACCAACACUACGAGGGAGAGGAGGGCACUCAUCCUUAGUUAUGCAAAGGAGAGGGGCUACAAAGUGUUCUUUGUGGAAUCACUCUGUGAUGACCCAGACAUCAUUACAGAGAAUAUUAAGCAAGUAAAAUUUGGGAGUCCAGAUUACGCGAAUUGUGACAUAGAUGAGGCCAUGAAAGACUUCAGGCAGCGCAUUGAGUGCUACAAGGCCAGCUACAUGUCCAUUGACGAUGAGAAGGACAGGAAUCUCUCCUACAUCAAGAUUUUUGACGUGGGCAAUAGAUAUGUGGUAAACCUGGUCCAGGACCACAUUCAAAGCAGGAUAGUCUACUACCUCAUGAACAUCCAUGUCACACCGAGAUCCAUCUACCUGAGCCGCCACGGAGAGAGCGAACUCAACCUGUUAGGUCGCAUUGGUGGAGAUUCAGGCCUCUCCCCACGAGGACUGCAGUAUGCGAAUGCCUUGGCGACCUUCAUCAAAGGUCAGAAUAUCAAAGACCUGAAGGUGUGGACGAGCCACAUGAAGAGGACCAUCCAGACUGCAGAAGCUCUGGGAGUCCAGUAUGAGCAGUGGAAGGCCCUCAAUGAGAUAGACGCUGGUGUAUGUGAGGAGUUAACCUACGAGGAGAUUCAGGAGAAUUUCCCAGAAGAGUUUGCACUGAGAGACCAGGACAAGUACCGUUAUCGUUACCCCAAGGGUGAGUCCUAUGAGGACAUGGUCCAUCGUCUGGAGCCGGUGAUCAUGGAGCUGGAGAGGCAGGAAAACGUCCUGGUCAUCUGCCACCAGGCUGUGUUUCGCUGCCUGCUGGCCUACUUUCUAGACAAACCUGCAGACGAGCUGCCUUAUCUACGAUGCCCCCUUCACACGGUGCUCAAACUCACACCAAUAGCUUACGGCUGUAAAGUUGAGUCGUUUUUCCUCAAUAUUGAAGCAGUCAACACACACAGAGAGAGGCCAGUGAAUGUCAGUGUCACCAGAAACCGUGAGGAGGCUCUGCAGACUGUUCCUGACCACAUAUAAAUGCUGAUCUGUGAGGAAAGCAUCACACUCAUGUGAAACUGGACGAGUUGCUGCUUCUGUUAGCUUCACUAAAUAUUAGAGAUGCACUCCAGUGAGGGCUGAUUGUGUGAAAACAGAAGACGGGGGGGUCUGUGAGGCAGAAGACGAGAUGUUUAGCAGCCUGUAACAGAAGCACAUGGACCCCUUUCUGAACGCGCAGGAGCAGGAGGUUCUGUUUGCAACAUGAAUGUGAAAUGUUUCUGUCUUAUCAGACUAGACUUUACUUUUUUCAACAUGUUAAAAGUGUCACAUUGUUUACAAGUGAUGUAGAGAAGGAAAGUAAUGCACUGUGUUAGGCUGAGAAGUAUGGAAGUAAGUAUGAGAUGUAAGUAUUUUGAUUUUGACAGCCACUGAAUAUAUCAAGUCACAUUCACAUCUGAGGCCUUGGCUCUUGCCCCUGUGCAGGUUGGGAGUGAGUUCAAUCAAUCAAUCAGUCAAUCAAUCAGUUUUAUUUAUAAAGCCCAAUAUCACAAAUCACAGUUUGCCUCACAGGGCUUUACAGCAUACGACAUCCCUCUGUCCUUAGGACCCUCACAGUGGAUAAGGAAAAAUUCCCCCAAAAAAACCCUUUAACGGAGUUACUGCCCCAGGUGAGGGAGUUCAAGUAUCUCAGGGUCUUGUUCAUGAGUGAGGGUAGAAUGGAGCGUGACAUGGAUCAGCAGUUUGGUGCGGCAUCUGCAGUGAUGUGGGUGCUGCGCCGGACCAUCAUGGUGAAGAGAGAGCUGAGCCAAAGCUUUCAAUUUACUGGUUCAUCCACGUCCCAGCCCUCACCUAUGGUCAUGAGCUCUGGGUAGUGACCAGAAGAAUGAGGUUGCGGAUACAAGCAGCCAAAAUGAGUUUCCUCCUUGAGGUGUCUGGGCUCAGCCUUAGAGAUAGGGUGAGGAGCUCGGAGUAGAGCCGCUGCUCCUUUGCAUCGAAAGGGGUCAGUUGAGGUGGUUCAACAUCUGAUCAGGAUCCUUCUGGGCGCCUCCUGUUAGAGGUGUUCUGGGCACGUCCCACUGGUAGGAGGCCCCGGGACAGACCCAGAACAUGCUGGAGGGAUUACAUAUCUCAUCUGGCCUGGGAACGCCUCAGGGUCCCUCAGGAGGAGCUGGAAAGCGUUGCUGGGGAGAGAGACAUCUGGAAUACUUUGCUCAGCCCACUGCCCCCAUGACCUGCCUUUGAGUGGAUGAAAAUGGAUGGAUGAAUAUAGCAUUGAGAUAUUUUACUUUGAAAACCAUAAAAAUGUAUUUUUUCUGAAUUCAUCCUUUAAAAAAUAGAUUUAUACAAUUUCUUGAUUUGCAGUUUCUAAAGCUGUGAUCGAAUUUAUUUUUAAUGUUUGCAAAUUCAGAUCCCAAAAAAAUAAGUUUAAUAAUUAAAAAAAAAAAAAAAAAAGAUUCAGGUUGCUCAAAUUUGAUUGUCAAAUUCAACAUCCAGGCUACUGUAGACAGGACAGGCAAUCGAGAUUAAUCAAAUUUAUGUAACUUACAGCUUUUUUUUUUCAAUAAUGAAACUUGAAUUUUCAGGUCUGAAUUUGACCAGUCGAAUUUGAGCAAUCUGAUACUUUAUUUAAUUUCCUUAAUUUCUUCUUUUAAUUAUGAAACUUGAAUUUGUGAUAAUUUACAUUUUUUAAUUUAAUGAUUUUUUUUUUUUAAACUUAGCAAAUCAAGAACAUUCAUCUUAUAAUUUAGGAGAGGUGAAUUCAGAACAAAUAAAUUUAGAUGUGUGAUUUUUAAAGUUAAAACUUAAAUGCUUUGAAUUGAGUUAUGUUCAGAUUUCAGUAUUAAAUAUCCAGUUGCUGUUGAAAAUUCAAACAUUUCAUGUCUCUCAUUUGCUUCCAUAGGCAAUAAAUUAUGUAACCAGAUGUAGGGAGGUUGUCAUUGUGACUGUUCCACAGAUAAUAUGUUGAUGAUUUAAUUAAAAAGGAGGCAGUCAGCACCACGGACAGCACCCAAACAAACGUGUUGUAGAUUUGGGAACUUGUCUGUAACGUUUGUAGAUGAGACGCUGAUGUAAAUAAAUAAACCUCAGAUAAUAA